AGUUCCGGCCGAAGGCCAAACCACAAUCGCCGGUGCGCCUGGGGGCCGAACAAGUGAGAUGCUCUUACUUUGGAGUCUGGACAUUCGCCGCGCUCUAUCGCCGUCGCUCCUCGUUCAGUCCCCGGCGAUUCAAUGGCCACUCUCACCGGAAGUGCCUCUAGCCUCUUCGUGCAUGCCUCCGUACUCGCGCGGCAUCCUCGCUUCCACGCUCACUCCAUUCCACGCGCGCGCGGCGCCAUCCAUACCUCCGACGCAAUACCGGCCUUUCGUGCCCAGCGCCGGCCGCUUCGGCAGGGGCGCGCUCAGGCUGUUCGGCGGAAUGCCGACCCGGAUGCCGGUUCUUACACCGUUACAGCGGCCGUCGAUAAGCUGGUUCGGGCUCGUAGAUCAGUCUGGGGACGCGUUCUGACGCGUGUGCGUACCGCGUACGUGCCGGAGCGGCGAGCUGGGUGGUUUCUCGGCCGCGUGAAUCCUUGGACCUGGGAAAGGCCUGUUUUGAAAGGAAAGGAAGAGGUGGGUAACGAUUUGCAGAAUAUUCUGAAAGGUGCUUGCGAUGGCGAGCAGCAAUCUUUGUUGCUUAAUGGACGGGGUGGAUGGUUGACCUGCUGGUGAUCUGUUCUCUCUUCCUUCCUCUUGACCUGACGGGUUACUUGCCCUUAUCAUUCGAGCGAGCUUCGUCUGAUGUUUACGUUUGCUGUUGUUUUUCGUUCUCCUGGCUCCACUGUCGCACUUAUUAUAUUGUGGUUCGGAAACGAUUCGAAGUAAACUGGGUAGCGUGUGAGUUUUGGCAGUGGCAGGCUGGUUGAUCAGUUGGCUCGGAUCAUGCUGGUAUGGUCAUGGUCUUUAGGGACAGAACCAUGUCUUUAUCUUAGAAAUAUUUUAAGUUGGUAGCGGAACGUCCACCCUCAUCGAGAUUAUCUUUUAUUAAAGCUAUUAACAUUGCCAGUUGUCAACCAUUAUGUGGACAUAAGAUCGAUUCAACUGUUGUAUAGUUUGAGAUAAUUUUUAAAUUUUGCACACAGUUAUGGGUUAUGAUGGCAACAAGCUUUUAAAUGACUGAGCAUUUUCCUUUUCAUAUCGAUUUAGUUUUAGUUCAUGGGUGAUGAUUUCUUUAUUAUUUGAGUUGGAAGUUCUUGGGUCAUGAUUGAUGAUACUAGGUGCACUAUAUCAUUAUUGUUACAACUAUUAUUAUUUAGAUGAUGCACUCUAUCAUUGAUAAUUAUAUAUGUGGUUACAAUUUUCCUCUUCUAAUUAGGAGAAAAAAUAGCAUGUGCCAGGGGGGCAUGUAGUUUUGACUCCUGAGCUCACAUGCACCCUUGUGAACAAUAAAAAUCCAAAAAAAUAUAAAAAAAACAUGUUUGAGUGUUCUACCUACAUGCAAAAAUUUGUGAAUAAAUGAAAUCAGUGGUUCCGUGAAAAAAUAUUGGUGCUCUAAAAUGGUCAUUUUUGAAGCAUUGAUUUUCCCCAUUUGCACAGGACACCAUAGAUGUCACUUUUUGAGGAAAAGCUUGAAAACAGACUUCUCAUAAAAUUUUGGUUGCUGUUUUUCCUCGGAUUUUACCGACCUGGGUGUAUGUGAGCUCGGUAAUACCUUUUUUUUCGAAACCUCGGGAGUAGAAUUUAAUUUUCUGUGUCAGGCACUAUACGAUGAAGGCUUUCAGAAACUUCAGCGCUGGCAUCGCUUCCUUUUUGCUGUCAGGUUUAGUAUGUACUUGCAUCGCUGAUCUCUCUGUUUUUCUUUUUCUGCUAGUGCCGACUGAAGAACAUGCUGUGUGGGCACAAAAGGCAAGGACACAACACACAGGAUCAAGCGACACUGAGUAUUUUGCCGUGUCAGGCUGGGGAUCAAGCGUGUGUUUCAACAUGUUGAUGUACCUGGGCUCCACAACAUGCGGCAGUCGAGACUUUCGUUAGAGCAUGGUUAAUAGUAUAGCCAGCUGCUGGCUAUAAGACAGUGUCAUAUCAUUUACAACCUAUCUUAUAGUCAACGUGUACAAUAGUAGAUCAAAAGAGUGUACUAUUUUUUU